CUGGGGAGGAGGAGAGAAAAGUUGRCACUUAUUGACGUAUUUUAAAUAGUUCCUGUUUUGGUAUGUGUAGCCCGCUGAAGGCCGUUCACGCAGCCACUUUGAACCCGUGACUUGUUGCAGCGUGAGCGGCCGCAGGUUUCCCAACACUUUUGAAGCCCUUUUGUUGUUAGCUAACCCUGCUAACCUGCAGCUCGAGCGAUAUGGACUUCAUAUAUUCUAUCACGGGCAGCGGCGCGAGGGUUGUCAGAGAGGCCAUUUCUCACGGACUGUGGCCCGGACCUGGACACGAGUCCGUCCAGGAGCCCGUCGACAUUCUGCAGGACCACCCUGGGACUGGACAGGACCGACACUACGCCCCCCACUACAGGACAGAUACUGGCCAGAAGAAGACUCCAGAAAAGAAGGAUGGGAGGCGCUUAUCAUUCCAGAGACCCAAAGGAACCAUAGAAUAUUCWGUGGAAUCGCGGGACACAUUAAACAGCAUCGCGCUCAAGUUUGACACCACACCCAACGAGCUGGUUCAGCUGAACAAGUUGUUCUCCAGAGCAGUGGUGCCCGGCCAGGUUCUGUAUGUUCCUGAUCCUGACUACGUCUCCAGUGUUGGAAGCUCCCCCUCCCUCAGUCCCAUCAGCCCCCUGUCUCCCACGUCCUCCGAAGCUGAUUUAGAAAAGGUGACGGAUUUAGAUGUCCUCCCCAAACCAGAAGGUGUUCACCCUCCGGUGUUCUCWGCCCUGCGCCAGUCCAGAGGGGUAUCAUCCACCUCCGAGGAGGAAGAAGCGCUCACAGAGAAGUUUCUCAAAAUCAACUGCAAGUACAUCACUGAUGGCAUGGGCGCAGUGAGCGGGGUGUUGUUGGUGACACCCAACAACAUCAUGUUCGACCCUCACCGCAUGGACCCCCUGGUUCAGGCCCAUGGAUGUGAGGAGUACGGCAUCAUGUGUCCUCUGGAGGAGGUGCAGUCCGCUGCCAUCUGCAAGGAGAUCACUGACCCCAAGAUCAGAGAAGCUGUCCCAGAUGACCUGGAGCCUCUGCCAGCUGAGAGGCACCCGUCCCAGCAGAAGGAUCCAGAGCACCGGCUGAAGGAGCCGGGAGCUACUGACGGCAGCAGCACGGCMUCACGCAGUGCUGAGGGCUCCGUUUCAGAGGACGUCUUCACAGAGACAGAGCUGUCCCCCAUUCGGGAGGAGGAGCAAGCAUCCAAUGAGGAYCUGCGGCAAGACAAACUCUCUAAUGCUUCAACAGAGUCCGUGCAAACCCUUACCCAGGUGGAGGCCACCAGCGCGCAGGCCCCGGGCAGUGCCCAGAGCUCAGUCAGCCAGCAGGAAGAGCCUCCCACAGUACAAACAGAGGACAAUCCACCAGACACUGCCAYCGUAAAUGAUAGCCAGUUGUCUCCCACGGGGUCAGAGCAGCCUGGUGGAGAGAAGCCACCAAGCGCACCCACCAACACCACCAGCAGCACUAGCCAGGCCCAGGAGCCCAACAGCAACCGCAGCACAUCUCGUCCAGGGUCCCAAAGCUCAGCCACCACCUCCGUCUCUGCUGCGCCACAGGGAGACGACAACCAGGAGACUGAYGUCUCCAAAAUGGACACUAUGCAGCAAGGCAAUGAGGAGAAGGAGGACGCAGAGGAGACGCAAAAGGACGACUCACAGGACUCUGCAGAGGUUACAGGCUCUGCUGAAAAGAGGAAGCAUCGCUCCCACAAGUUCCUGUGCUUGCGAGUGGGGAAGCCCAUGAAGAAGACUUUUGUUUCCAACGCCAGCGCCUCCAUGCAACAGUACGCCCAGCUGGGCAAGAAAAACGAGUACUGGUUUGCCGUCCCCCAGGAGAGAUCAAACCACCUGUAUGUAUUUUUCAAGCAGUGGAGCCCRGACAUGUACGGCGAGGGGGUCAGAGGGAUGGAUCAAGAACCAGGGUUCAUGGUUAUCAAAAAAAACGUAGUAUCAGAAACAUCUGAUGAUGAGCCCAUCACUGAGCUCAAUGUCAAAGAAUGGGAGGUAGUGUCUCUGACGGAGUACCACCGUCGGAUUGAUGCGCUAAACAGUGAAGAUCUGCGCUCACUCUGCAAACGACUCCAGAUUACCACCAAAGAAGAGGUGAACUCCAAGCAUGGCACGUCCAUCAAAACUGAGCUGGAGCCUGAGACGUUCAAACCCAACCUCAGAGAACCCAGUGAGCUCCUGGAGGCCGAGCAGAUAGAAAAGCUUGCUAGGCAUCUCCCACCACGGACCAUCGGGUACCCCUGGGCGCUGGCCUUUGGCACAUCAAAGCAUGGCAUGAGCAUUAAGACGCUGUAUAGGGCCAUGCAGGGCCAGGACACCCCAGUCCUCCUGGUCAUUAAGGACAGUGAUGGACAGGUGUUUGGUGCGCUGGCAUCUGAACCCUUUAAGGUUAGCGAAGGCUUUUAUGGCACAGGAGAGACGUUUCUCUUCACCUUCAAUCCAGAGUUUCAGGUUUACAAAUGGACAGGUGACAACAUGUUUUUCAUCAAAGGAGACAUGGACUCCUUAGCUUUUGGUGGAGGAAGCGGGGAGUUUGGCCUGUGGCUGGACGGAGAUCUUUACCACGGACGGAGUCACUCCUGUAAAACAUUUGGAAACCCAAUGCUUUCGAAAAAGGAGGACUUCUACGUGCAGGACAUAGAGAUCUGGGCUUUUGAAUAACACGUCGGUCCAACACAGGGAGAAAAUUAAAAACAAGUCCUUCAAAGGGCAACACCUGGGAGUCCUCCUCCUUUAGAACAAUGGCAACGUCCCAAACCUAACUGCACAUGUCCAGGGCUCCCCGUCUGGCAGCCAGCUAUCGGAUGCUUGUUGUGCGUUACUACUGCAGUUAAUACGGAGCUUUGUUUUCUCUUUGUGAAAAGUUAACUUUGUGUGUAUCUUGUUACAGCCUUGUGCAGCGUCUUUGCAGUGUAGGGAGGGGGGUGGGAGGGGUUAAGGAGAAAUCAGUGGGGGGUGUCAUCAGGGUGGGGGACCACAGGGCGUUGCAGAGGGGUUCAUUCAUCUCUCUACAGGUGGCUGAGGUUUGGGACUGACGUGGGAAGAGACCACAACCCCUGCUGGUUCUGAAAAAUGCAUCGCAACAAUCUCAAGGAGUCCCCCACCACCUGCACCCUCUCAGACCCCUGCCCCCUCCUCGUUCUUCGUUCAUUCAGUAGGUUGUUCCAGCACCGUCAGCUUUGACAGAGAGACCUGAUUAGAGGGCAGGAGCUGAACACAUUCCAUUACUCUUGAUUGUGGAGUGUCAAAAUCAAAGUGAUCUGUGGUGAGAAUCAAACACACCGGCAACAAGACGUGACCCUAAAACCAGAGGACAAAACAGAAUCUUUGCUGUUUGUAGUGGGGGAGGGCAGGGGGGGGGUUAGUCUUUCCAGUCCCGUCUGCUGGGGUUUCUCCACCGAGGGUCAACUUCUUUCAGUAUUGUGUGUCGUAGUCCUCCUGUCGUUCUGUCACAGCACACCGCCAGAAAGCACAUAGCUAUAACCGGAUCACCCAUCGUCGUAUCGUUCUGUUCAGUGGGUGUACGUGUGAGUCCAGCUCGGACCGGCUCCUCUCGUCCGGACGCCGGUUCUACUGUUCGUAGACAGUAACGUGUUGCAAUAGAUUCGUGAAAUAUGCAAAUAACUGUUCUGUGACCUCAAAUAACCCACAGGUCGUGGCACUUUGGCCGCCGCCUGUCGCUCUUUAAGGAGAGAAACUUGUAAAGCUUUUAUGUCUUGAUAAACAAUUGCUUCUCUGGGUCUCGUUGGAAAAGCCUGGGGUGUGGUUAACUGUUUCACAUGCAUAUAUGACAACUCUGUAUUGGGUAUAUAUGAUUAUAUAUGGGUUUAUAUGAUCAUAUAUACGUAUAUAAAUAUAUAUAAUUUGCUGUUGAGUGUGACAGUGAUAUUUGUGCUGAGAUUUCAGCUGUGACUAAAAUGUAUAUUA